GGGUUUCAAAGUCGAGAAACUGCUCUCCUAUGUUGUGCCAUGCAUUUAUGUAGGGGUUGCUUGGUCUCUCCAUUUAGGGGUGAUUACUUUCCUCACUGCACUGCACUACAUAAACAACACUGCUGGUUUGCUUCUCAGGGUUUUGCCCUUGGGGUGAACCAGUUGUUGACUGAAAAUUUUGGUGAGUUUGAAAUGUAUCGGUACGUGAUGUUUGGAGACCCCAAGGAAAAACUCCUGAGAAGCAAACUCGGUAAUGUUUUUGUGGUGUUGAAGAAGCCUUUUGGAUUAAAAACAAAAUGUUUAUCAUUGUGCAUGUAGUUUGCAAUGGUGCUUAACUACACUACAAACUACAAUGACUGAUUUAAAAAAAAAAAAGUUUGUUAAAACUCAGACAUCUUUCCCAUUUGACACAAGUCAAGACAUUGUCUUUGGACGCUAGUCCCGCCCCCUUUUGAGAAUCAGCCAAUCAGAGCACACUCUUGUUUGUUGACUUUCUCCAGUUGCGUCACUGCCUCUUAAAAUAUGGUGUCAAGUUCAGGUUUAAAGUCUGAGUUAAGGUAUCAAACAAUGGUUAGGGUUUCCACUGUGGUUAAGGUUUAAAAUGAUGGUCAAGCAAUAAACCCUCAGGGUUUUCGAAUUACGGUUUGAAGACUGGGUUAGGGUUUCCAGCAAGGAGUGGGGUUUCAAGCCUGGAUCAAAGUUUCAAGUUCGGGUUUCAAAGUAGGGUUUCAUGUCAGUGUUAUUGUUUCAAGUUAGGGUUUUACGCCAGAGUUAAGGUUUCAAACAAAGGGUACGGUCGAAACAUGAGUCAAGGUUUCAAAGUAGGGUUAAGGCAGGGUUAUUGUGUGAAAUUACAGUUUCAAACAAAGGUUAUAUCAUCAUUUCAAGCCAUGGUUAGGGUUUCAAAGUAGGGUUUCAAACAAGGAAUAUGGUUUGAAGCCUGGGUCAAAGUUUCAAGUUAGGGUUUCAAAGUAGGGUUUCAAGCCAGAAUUGGGGUUUCAAGUUUGGGUAUCAAAGUAGGGUUUCAAAUUCUGGUUUAAGGUUUCAUAUAAGGGAUGUAAGUUUUAAGCAUGGGUCAAGGUUUCAAAGUAGGGUUUCAGGCACAAUUAGGUUUUAAGGUGGCGUUAAUUUUUAAAGUUAGGGUUUCAAGCAAAGGUUUGAUUAUAGUUUCAAGACAGGGUGUGGGUUUCACAAUGAGAUUAUGGUUUCAAGCCAAGUUUGCUCAAAUUGAAGAUGUGCGUUUAAGUCUUCCUCUUGUUUCUGCAACAGUUUGUUCGAUUGGGUUGUCUUGAACGUCACCUCAUCCACUAUGGGAAAACAUAAUAAUAAUAAUAAUAAUAAUAAUUACUAUUAUUAUUUAGAAUAUAUUAUAAACAUAAUAUUUGAUGAUUCAGUGUACAAAAUUUUUAUUAUCUAUCUUGUAGUUUGCACUGAUGUUCAACUACUCUCCACCACACUGAUAGAUUAGUCUUUAUGAGUUAAAAGUUAGGUAAAACUCGCACGUCUUCCUCACUUGACACAAGUCAUCUUCUUUGGCCGCUCGCCCCGCCUCCCUGUGUGCAGCAAAUCAGAGCGCCCUCUUGUUUGUCGCGCCUCUCCAAUUGCGUCACUCCUUCUAAAAAUAACCCCGCUCCGCCUCCCCCUUUGACAUUAUGAUACUGGGGGGCAACCCAGCGCGUCUGCACUGACUUAAACGGCCGUCGGUGACGUCAUGGUGACGCCAAUGCCGGUAAUUGUAAUCCGGCCGCAAAGUUGACGAGCGGCCAGAGAGAAACAACACAAGUCGGUCAAGGAAGCGAACGAGACCGGAGCGCCAUUCGGAGUUCAGCCGGCUAGCGAGACCGGUGGUUGGUGGUUUCCUUUCUUCUCUUUGUUUUCGGUUCUGGCUCUCUGGGGAACAAGAAUGGCCGUCACUGGUGAUGAGACCGAGUCAGCGGCCACCGGAGACAUCCCCGCCUGCCAGUUGCGCUCACCCACCUCCAGCCUGGCCCACAGCAUCGUGAUGGCUGCGGCGUCUCACGGUGCUACGCACAGCCCACUGUCGCACCACGCCGAGGAAGUCACCCGCAAGCGAGAGGUCCGGCUCAUGAAAAACAGGGAGGCUGCACGAGAAUGCCGGCGGAAAAAGAAGGAGUACGUCAAGUGUCUGGAAAACCGUGUUGCUGUGUUGGAGAACCAAAACAAGACGCUGAUUGAGGAACUGAAGGCACUCAAGGACAUUUACUGCCACAAGGGGGAGUAAGAGCACCCGAUAACGGCUACCCGUCGUUUCCCGCCACAGCAACCCGCCAAACUGUUGUGACCACGCCCGCUAGCUCAGGCCUCUACCAUGCCGCAACCUCCCUCCUCGAGUCCCGGGAACACCGUUCUGCUCUGUACUCUGAGAAGCACUCUACUUGAAGGAUAAUGAUGUAAAACGCCUCCCGGGAAUGGCACCUGAAUGCACCGUUUGUGUCAUUUUCGCUUUCGUUUCUGCCAGUUUUUGUGAUUCGAAGUAGCGAGCGCUAACUUCCAGCUGUUUAACUCAGCAGUUAGUAAAAACAUGGCUAUUAUUUUUGUAGCCAAGGGCUCACCUUACAGGUGUAAUUAAGAUAUUGCAUAACCAAGACAUUAUAAGAUGCUACCGAUGCUAAGAUAGACGCUAAAUGCUAACUGAUCGUUGUCAUGUUCAUGGAGAUUCACCAUACACAAAUUUGUAAUUUUAGCACUGAUGCUAGUACUAACAAAGAUCAAAGCAAGGGUUUGCGAUGGAAACAUUAACAUUCUUGGAAGCUGCUGAUACUGAGCUAAUAGUGCUAAAAGCUAACAAAACUCAUCUGUUUUAUAACCUCAGUGUAGCGUUCAAUCAAAGCACCCUCUCCAAUGACUGUCAGAAAUGAUCGGCUGCUACAAAUGUUCCGAUAUUGAGCUAAAUUCUUACAAAUGUCAACAAAAAGACAAAAGUGAUUGUACUCCAAAAGCCAUCAAGGAAGAUGACACGACCACAAAUUUAUCAGAAGCUAAAGAUGCAAAGCUAAUUGUGCUAAAGGCUAAAAAAGUUAGUUUGUUUUGUAACAUCAGUGUAGUAUGUGUGUAUAAGAACCCACAACAACACAACUUUUUGCAAUAACAUUAGCACUGUUGCUAGUACUAAUAAAACUGUCCUGGCACCAACAGCAUAGACCGUUAGGCAAUCCAGGCACCAGUAAUGCUAUUCUCCAGGCUGGAAUAGCAUCCUAAUGAUUUUCACGCUAUUCUAUUUUGGGUUCAAUUGUUGCAUACGUGACUAAUAUUAAGUAUUAUUUUUAAAACAUUGAGCUCAGCAGACCGCAGCUGCACGUCAAUCAAAGCACAAUCACUCACCAGUCAGUCAUUUACAGACAUGAUCGGAAGCUAAAUAUGGUAAGCUAAACUAAUUAUGCUAACAAAGCUUGUCUGUUUUGUACCAUCAGUGUCUGAUUAUUGUGGUGUAUGUGUACAGGCACUAUAGACACAUCUACAAUAGUGUUACCAGUGAUGAUAUAGCUAAUAAAACAACACGUCUCCUGGCUGGUCCACCAACAUAAAUAAAGAUCGUUGCUGUAGUUGAACAGCACAGCACUGCUGUUCUCCAUGUUACAUAAACUGAAAUAACAUCCCAAAGAUAUUCAAGUUAAAUUGUUUCAUAUUGUUGCUUUAAUUGAUAUCAAGGUUUAUUGUCUAUCAAAGCACAAUCAAUCAAAACCAGUCAGUUGAUUAUCAGUCAUUAUUGUUUCGAAGAAAAUGUGACACUUUUUAACCAAGACAGGAGCUCCAGUUGUCCUUUUUGUACAAUUUUUUUUCUUUGUAGUGUAAAUAAAGUGGUUGAGAGCUGUU